AGCAGCAGCAGUCCUUGCCCUUUGGACAGAGAGCUUUCGUCUCAGAUCGCUGCGCUUCUGGCUUCUCCCUCUUCACAAUCCAUUCAGGUUGCUUGCGCACUUCACUCUACAUGAUUCAACAGGAUCUAGAAACAGUAUAAAAUGAGAUUACAAUGUUUAUGUUGCACAAACUACAACAGGAAGCCACUGGUGGAAAGAAAUGGGUUUAUGUAGGUUUUGGGUAUGGCAUAUGAGUGCUUUUGCCUCAGGAUUUCCAUGAUGAACUUAUCAGGCUGAGAGAAUGCCAUGGUUUAAAAUUGAAAUAUGACAAAGAAGUUGGGAAAGGUGUAUAUGCAAAUAAGGAAUUCAAAGAAGGUGAACUAAUUUUGAAGGAUCAAAUGCUUGUUGCAGCACAACAUAGUUCUAAUAAGGUUGACUGUCUUGUAUGCAGCAAAUGCUUUCGCUUUAUUGGUUCUAUAGAGCUUCAGAUUGGCAGGAAGCUAUAUUUGCAAAGUUGUGGUUUAUCUAGUAAAAGAGAUUGUACCUACAAGGCCUUUUCUUGUGCUUCAGAAGAAGGGUGCGCUGAAUUUUCGGAGGAUGAAGAGAAUGACAUCAUGGAGAACUACAAUGAUCUGGGUUCAAGUUCAUCAAAUUUGAAGACUCACACUCUUUCUGAAGAGAUGCUAAAAUCAUUAAUUAAUGGUGAUCUUUCUUUACCUUACACAAAGAAUUUUGGGUUGCCUCCUGUUAUUAAGUGUCCUGGUGGAUGUGAAGAAGAACACUAUUGCAGCAAAUUAUGUGCUGACUCUGAUUGGGAGUCUGUUCAUUCUCUGCUAUGCACUGGGCAGAGCUCAGCAUCCUCACCGGCGGCGAUGGUAAAAUUUUUGGAACAUGCUAAUGGAACAAAUGAUAUCUUCAUCCUAGCAGCCAAGAUGAUUUCUUUUACCAUCUUGAAGUACAGAAAGCUGAAACAACUUCAUUUUGAAGACUGUAAGCUACAUAAUAAGUUAGGUGAAACUGAUGACUCCAGGUUUUUGAUGCUCUUGGAGGCUUGGAAACCAAUAUCAAUGGGUUUUAAGAAAAGGUGGUGGGACUGCAUAGCUUUGCCAGAUGAUGUUGACCCAUGUAAUGAGGCAUCAUUCAGAGCGCAAAUAAGGGACCUGGCAUUUACUUCAUUGCAGCUUCUUAAGGAUGCAAUCUUUGACAAUGAAUGUGCACCCUUAUUCUCACUUGAGGUUUAUGGACAUAUUAUAGGCAUGUUUGAGUUAAAUAACCUUGAUUUGGUUGUCGCAUCACCAGUUGAAGACUACUUCAUAUACAUUGAUGAAUUUCCAUCUCCUGAAAAGGAAGAAGCGGAGAUACAUACUCGGCCCUUUCUAGAUUCUCUUGGUGAUGAAUACUCAGUUUGCUGCCAAGGUACUGCUUUCUUUCCUCUCCAGAGUUGUAUGAACCAUUCAUGUGCACCGAGCGCCAAAGCGUUUAAAAGAGAUGAGGAUAGAGAUGGCCAAGCUGUUAUACUUGCAUGCAGACCGAUCUCUUUGGGCGAGGAGGUGACUAUUUCAUAUAUCGAUGAAGACCUACCAUACGAAGAAAGACAAGCACAAUUAGCUGAUUAUGGGUUCAAAUGCAGGUGCCCCAAAUGCUCAGAAGAGGAACCCUAGCUUUUUAUUCUCUCCUUGAAUGGAGAUCUGCUUUCUGUGAGUUAUUAAAAUAUUUUGAUUCUUUAAAUUAAAAUAUAAAUGUUUACUUGAGGAGCAUGCUCCUCUGAUUAAAAAUAGGACUAGCCUUCAGACAUCCUCAUGAUCCUUCCCAUUUGGUCUUGUCCUUUGUUGUCAAUAUUAUGACAUUAAACACAUUCUAUUUCUUCA